AGGAAACACAAGGAGCUGUACACUGGAAAGCUACUCCCAGCUCUUCGGAAGAGAGGUGGACUUCAGAGCCUUCGAAAACCCAACAGAGAGGUAAAAAAAGGUUGAUCCUGUUGAGGUUAAUAUGGCUCGAUCCGAGAAUCCAUCUCAUACCAAAAACAAGAGACUGGUUUUGGUGAUGUUGAUUAUAGGCUUUCUUGUUCUAAUAUUUCAGAGUUUCACACUUCUGUCUAGAAUUUCUUUGUCACCUCAGUUUCCUGCUUUUAGUCUCCCGGUUAGCAAAAAAGGGAGGUUGCCGGGCGAAGGUAUUACCAAGUCAGUGAGAGUUGGAAAGCUUUCUCUUUUGAGUGAUUCGAGGAACUCAAGCAGCACAACAACAAUUCUUAAAGAGGAAGAGGCAGCUGAAAUUUCCAACAUGGGAGGAGAAACCAACAAUGGUUUCACUAUCAACGAAAUGGAUCGUGAAUCAAAGAAAGAUUAUAUGGCAAAUGAAGAUGAUGAUGACAUUGACCUGGAUGAGGAGGAAGACCCUGAUAGUGAGUUCUCAUUUGACCUUGGGAAUGGUAUGAUCUUAAAGAAGGUUAGGGAUCCAGUUGGUGGUUUCAUCAAACUUGAGAGGAUCAUAGGCCCAAAAUAUGUUGCUUCUCCAAAGAAGAUUGGAGAGCCAGCUAAUGGUUUUGAAUUGGUAUCAGAUGGCAUUAGCAAAUCCGAUCCAACCUUUGAGUCUAAGGAAAUAAAAAGCCCAGACAAUGGAUCAGUUUCUUCUCCAACUGCAUCUGGUCAGGUGUCUUCUUCUGUGAAUGGUGGAAUGCAAGAGGUCUUAGAGACAAGUUCAAGCAAACAUAUUAUAACUGAAGCAUCCAGUCUUUCCUCAUCAGAAGAUCAAAUGACCAGUAUUGUUCCAUUAUCAGGACUGCAAGCAACAGAAACACUUCUUAAGAAUGAUGCCUCGGUGCUCCUGCAAAGUGGUCCAACCAUCUCAAUUAAGAACUCUCGGGGUAAUAGUACUUCUAUACCAAAAAGGAGGAAGAAACAAGUGAUGCCUCCGAUAUCCAUAUCAGAAAUGAACCGCCUGCUGCUUAGAAACCGUGCUACCUAUCAUUCAAUGACACCUCGAUGGUCUUCAGCACGUGACCAGCAAUUAUUAGCUGCAAAGGCACAGAUCGAGAAUGCUCCCAUUGUAAACAAGGAUCAUGAACUAUAUGCUCCAGCUUUUCGAAACAUUUCCAUGUUUAAAAAGAGCUAUAAACUGAUGGAAGGGACACUCAAGGUCUAUGUCUACAAGGAAGGCCAAAAGCCCAUAUUCCACCAGCCACUACUUAAGGGUAUCUAUGCUUCUGAAGGAUGGUUCAUGAAGCUUAUGGAAUCAAACAGACGAUUUGUAGUGAGGGACCCCAGAAAAGCUCACAUGUUCUACAUGCCUUUCAGUUCUCGUUUCUUGGAGUUUGCCUUGUAUGUGCCCAAUUCUCACAAUCGGAGAAAUUUAGAGCAGUACUUGAAGGACUAUGUGAAUCUGAUUGCAGCCAAACAUCCAUUCUGGAAUAGGACAGGGGGAGCUGACCAUUUCCUUGCUGCCUGCCAUGACUGGGCACCAUACGAGACAGGGCAUGCAAUGGAACAUUCCAUCAGAACCCUCUGCAAUGCUGAUCUCCAUGAAGGCUUCCGGCUCGGCAAAGAUGUCUCUCUCCCUGAAAUAUAUGUCCGUUCGGCAAGGAACCCUCUUAGGGAUCUCGGGGGAAAGCCAGCUGAUCAAAGGCCUAUCCUUGCCUUCUUUGCAGGAAACAUGCAUGGUAGGCUCCGUCCAGUUCUACUAGAGCACUGGGAGAACAAAGACCCUGACAUGAAAAUCUUUGGCCCCAUGCCUCGUGGGGUCGAAAGCAAGAUGACUUACAUUCGAUACAUGAAGACCAGUAAGUACUGCAUAUGCCCGAGGGGCUAUGAAGUUAACAGUCCUCGAGUAGUUGAAUCAAUCUUCUAUGAGUGUGUUCCGGUGAUUAUAUCAGACAAUUAUGUGCCUCCUUUAUUUGAAGUAUUGAACUGGGAGGCCUUCUCUGUUAUCAUACCAGAGGAGGAUGUACCUAGGCUGAAGGAGAUUCUUUUGUCAAUUCCCAGAGAGAAGUAUUUAUCACUACAAAUGGGUGUAAGGAAAGUUCAGCAGCACUUCCUAUGGCACGUUAAGCCAGUUAAGUAUGAUGCCUUUCAUAUGAUCCUGCACUCAAUCUGGUUCAAUAGAGUGUUUAAUAUCAGAGCCAGAUGAGGGUUGGGGUUUGGGGAGAUGGAGAUAAGGGCGAGGAAAAAAAAAAAACCAAAUGGCGAUUAGUCUAUUUUUGAAACUUUAUUUUCCCUCAGGAGGUUUGUGAAGUGAAAAUGUUGACUGGUGAUGUAAGUAGGAUUGGGAGAGGUGGCUGUGCUCGUAAGAAAAAUAACAUAUGCAA